AUGUUUUCAUACGUUUCCAUAGAUUCUCAAUCUGUCUCUAAGCCUGUGGUGUCUCAAGCCGGAGUUCGAACCACGGAACUAGCCGCAAUCCUUUGUGCUACCUUUGAAAAUGUCCAGGGGACUGUAAUCGCCUAUCAGUAUCCACACAACUAUGUAUCCCCGACCCAAUUUAAGGAGAUUGGCAACGCUGUUAUCCCGCGAGCUGAAUUAGCUUUCCGGUUAGUAACAAUAGAGGCUUUUAGACACUAUGUGAUCGGCUGCCUGCAACGCAUCGAAGGUGUCCAGUAUAAGAGAAAUACAUUGCAGUUCAAUAUAUGUCUUGUCAUUAAGCCAAAAGCAACUGCUAAUCGGGAUGAUAUAUCACACUGGCAGUUCUGGGACGAUUAUUCAGCCGGCGGUUUGAGACCUAACGUCCAAGCAGCUUACGAGGCAUUAACACUAAAGAUUAAUAGAUAUUUUUAUGCUUUAGAAGAACAAUGUGGAUUUCUGUCUCGCUCAUUAGGACAUCAUGAAGGUGUAGAAAAGUGCGUAAAAUUACUCCGUCUUAAAUCAAUUUACAAACAAUUACAUGAAUCCGGAAUGUGUAUUCUUUCGUUUCCCAAUAGUGGCUCUUUGUACUUACGGUUUAGUCCUAGACAGGAUCAUGGGUCGUAUAGCAAUUUGUCAUUCGAUAUGUUUGAACUGGUGUCUGAAGAGAUUUUAAAAGAUAAUAAUGUUGAUGAUAAUGAUCGGGGAUUAGAAUUUGGUCAAAAAAUCCGACAGUUCAAUCUUCACCAUAAUAAUCAAGUUGUUUUUCCUAAUUUCAAUCCUCAAAGUGAAUCAGAGAUUACUGAUAAUUGUGUGUUUGUUUUAAUCGCUUCUCCAACUUAUCAUCGUCAGUCUAAAAUGGGUUACAAUUUGAAUGGUGGUUGGAGACCAUUGGAUGCUGUGGCUCAACGUGUUUUACCUUAUAUCAACGGUAGACGACGUUUAAUUGAAUUGGCUCAGUUAGCUCAAUUAGAUGUGGCUAUAGCUCGUCUAUGUUUAAUUGAGCUUGCUCGAAUAGGAUUAGUUCGUGCCUUACCAUAUCCUACAUUUAUAAUGCAGCUUCUUCAAGCUGAUAAGUUUUCCAAUUCAACACUUAUUCCUGGAUGGCUAGGUUUACCACGACUGGCCACUCUACUUACAGACUCCUCUCUUAGCAAAAUGUGCUUGGAAACUGUGAUAGUGUUUAAUUCAAAUCGUCAUAAACUACAAAGUUUAUGCAUUCACGAUAUUUUCCGUCUGUAUACAAUCCUUUGUGGUUCAUCCAAUUUUAGUUUAUCAUAUUUAAUUUCAGCCAAUCCACAUAUUCGAUUUAUUGAGUGUUCAUCUUACAUGAACUCAUCAUCUUCUUCUUCUACAUCAUCAUAUCAUUCCCUUCCGUUUGUAAGAUCAUCAAAACUUUGUAAUUGUCAUGCAUCUUAUCAUCAAACACAGCAUCACUGUAAAAUUAGUUUAUUAAGUCUUGUACAAUUUGGUGAAGUAAAUGGUUUAAUACGACGAAUUCAAUGUUAUCCUAUAAGUGAUAAACUAGAAUUAUCUACUGAACAACAUAUUAAAUAUCGGAUGUCAUCAUCAGUUAUGUCAUCAAAAGAAGCAAUUCCUGCAAUGAUGACAACAACUACGACAACUGUUACCACAACCAGUAGUACGAGUUCCAAUACAAAUAUGCAACAACAAUUCAUGCAAUUUCAAACUAAAAAUUCUUCAUCUGUAUUACGACAUAAUUCACGUAAAUUUACUAAAAAACCACAAAUAAUUAAUGAACAAACAUGGUCUAUUUCAAAAUCCCUACUAAUGGAUGGUCAGCAUAGUUUAGAUUCAAUCAUUACAUUUUUAUUAACGAACAAUGGUAAUACAACAAAAUAUUCUUCAUCUGGAUAUAAAGUACCAGAAUAUAUUAGUGAUUUAUUAAAUUUAUAUCGUUUUGAUGAAGAAUGUCUUACUAGACAAAUAUCUUAUUGUGAUCGUGAUUUAUCUUCGUUUAAUAGAACUAAAACUUCUAGUAGUUUCAGUUUUAGUCCUGAUGAAACUAAUUUUACCAUUCAUAAUAAUAAUAAUAGUCAAACUGUUGAAGAAAUUGUUGUACAUGAUCGAAUAUGGUCUAAGCCAGAAAAUAAUAUGACAACAUUUGUAGAGCCAUUAAAUUUGGAUAAGAUAAACUUUAUAUUACCGGAUCUUUAUUGGAUGUGGCGUUGA